AUGGUCGAUGCGACAGCAGGCCACGAACUCCUAAGCUUCAUGGAUGCCUUCUCAAGGUAUAAUCAAAUUUUGAUGCACCCAGAUGACCAAGAGAAAAUGGUCUUCAUUACAGAAAAGGGGACCUAUUGCUUCAAGGUGAUGCCGUUUGGCCUCAAGAACGUCGGGGCUACCUAUCAACAGCUAGUCAACAAGAUGUUCGCUGAACACCUCAAGGACACCAUGGAAGUGUACAUCGACGACAUGCUCGUUAAGUCCCUCAUGGCCGAGCAGCGCCUCGACCACCUCAGCCAGGCAUUCACCGUCCUAAAGAAGUAUAACAUGAAGCUGAAUCUGGCCAAGUGCUCAUUCAGGGUUUCAUCAGGGAAAUUCCUAGGAUACAUGCUACCGGUCUACUAUGUAAGCAAGUCACUCCUCGACGCGGAGGCACGAUACAGUCAGUUUAAGAAACUUGCACUCGCCCUCGUCCAUGCGUCUAGGAAGCUCAGGCCAUACUUUCAAUGUCAUUCCAUAGUCGUACUCACCUCCUUCCCACUCAAGAAGAUACUACACAAGCCAGAGUUAUCAAGCCGACUCACACAAUGGACAGUAGAGCUCAGCGAGUUCGACAUAUCUUUCCAACCACGCACUACCGUCAAAUCCCAGGCGUUGGCAGACUGUAUUGCUGAUUUCACUCCAAACACCACCGUCCAAGCAAAAAGAGAGUUAAUGUGCAUGAAUAACAGAUCACCUUCAAAGUGGACUCUCUCAGUGGAUGGCUCAAGCAACAUGAAUGGGAAUGGGCUCGGCAUUGUACUUACUACUCCAAAAGGAGACGUCGUCCAACGAGCCAUACGAUGUGGAUUCAAAUGCAUCAAUAAUGAAGCUGAAUACGAGGCUCUUAUCGCUGGACUCUCCUUAGCCAAAGAAAUCAGACUAAGGAAGUUGGAGGUAAAGUCCGACUCCCAACUCGUGGUCAACCACCUAUAUGGCAUUUACCAAGCCCGCGGCUUGAAGAUGACAACCUACUUGAACCUGGUUAAAGAAUUACAUAACGUCUUUAAAGAGUUCUCGAUUGCCCAAGUCCCAAGAACGGAGAACACCCAUGCUGACGCCCUUGCUAACCUCGGCUCAGCCCUUCAAUGUUCCUCCCAAUCAUCCAUCCCUCUGUUAUUCCUCCAAUGGUUGGUCGACUGGAAGGAAAGACCAAUGAACGAGCCGCCCGAAGAAGUGAUGGACAUCGAACUGUCUAAUACCUGGAUGACUCUAAUAGUAAAAUACUUGGAACACAAUGAGCUCCCAGCCGACAAGAAUGAAGCAUGCCACCUGAGAGCAAAAGCCACCAGGUUCACUAUAUACGAAAUCCAGCUCCUUAGGAAGUCAUUCUCUUGUCCCUACCUCAAAAGCAUAAGCCCAGAAGAAGCCAAACGAGUUCUGGCCCGAACUCCAUGA